GAAAAUUCAGAUUCUCUUUGUUUUAAUUGUUAAUUAGAUUUCGUAAUUAAUCCGUUUAUUUAUUUUUCUCCAUUGUUUUAUAUCAACAUUCGAUUACAAUUAGAGGGUUUCCAUUCGAGGCAACCAGUGUCUCUAUUUGUUCAUCGUCAGCAGUUAAUUCAUUUUUCUGAUGUUACUGAUUUUUUAGGCAUUAAUCUAACCAUAAUUUAAAUUUAUUUCUUCCAUCUUGUAAAACACCAAAUUAAAGACCAAAAAACAACUACUAUGGGUGCUAAAGUCUCUCGUGAUAACUAUGAAUGGGUUGGAAGUGAUGAACCUCAUGCUACUCGGCGAAAGCUUAUCCUUGCUAAAUAUCCGCAAAUUAAAAAUCUAAUGAAAGUUGAUCCCAAUUUUAAAUGGAUCGUUUUGUCACUUGUGAUGAUACAAAUAAUUACUGUGAUACUUUUACGUAAUGUUACCUCUUGGCUAAUUUUAUUUCCAUUAUGUUAUUUUAUCACUGGAACAAUUAAUCAUGCACUUAUGCUUGCCGUUCAUGAGAUUGCUCAUUCCCAAGCAUUUGGACCUAAUCGUGUACUGGCCAACAGGAUUUUCGGAAUGAUUGCCAACCUACCACUUGGUGUUCCAAUGUCAGUUUCCUUUAAAAAGUAUCACCUUGAACACCAUAGAUACCAGGGAGAUGAUAUUCUUGACACCGAUAUACCCUCUAAAUUUGAGGCUCGUUUCUUUACAACAACCUUUCUAAAGGUCAUCUGGGUCAUGUUACAACCCUUUUUCUACACAAUGAGACCUCUUUUCGUCCAUCCAAAGCAGCCAACAUCUCACGAAUUCAUUAAUCUUGCCUUUCAACUUACCUUUGAUAUAAUUAUCGGAUUAACUUGUGGUUGGCAUCUUGUUUUCUACCUUAUUCUGGCCAAUAUAAUUUCAAUGGGUUUACAUCCGGUUGCUGGUCACUUUAUCUCUGAACAUUAUAUCAUGUUUGACCGGGAGAAAGUUAAAAUGGAUGAAACAUCUUCUGUCACUCAAAAUGGUGGAAAAUUUUUCAUACCUGAAACAUGCUCUUAUUAUGGUAUACUUAAUUAUCUUACCUUUAAUGUUGGAUAUCAUGUUGAACAUCAUGAUUUCCCUUCAAUACCUGGUUCUAAAUUACCUUUGGUACGUCAAAUUGCACCAGAAUUUUAUAAUCAUCUACAUCAUCAUACCUCUUGGGUUAAAGUUAUCUAUCAAUAUAUUAUUGAUCCAUCGGUUGGACCUUUUGCCAGAGUUAAAAGGCCACACAAAUUUGGUACCACACAAGUUGAAACAAAUGACGAUGCACAAAUAAUUAAAAAUGGUUCAAUUACCAAAAAUCAUCAUGAUAAUAAUCCAAUUGACAAGAAACACUCUUGAUUUGUGUAUAUGAUCACAAUCAAUUAGGAAUUACAAUAAUUAUCAUCAUCAUCAUCAUCAUCAUAAAUUCCCAUAAUCAUCUUCAUCAUCACUAGUCUUUAUUAAGCAUAUUAUCCAAUUUCAAUCAAAUUAACCAGAAAAGAAAAUUAACUUUGGAAAAUUUUGGCAUAAUAAUUAUAUUUUGUAUAAUAUUAAUUGCGAAUCAACAAACAUACAAAUUGGCAGAAUUUAUUUUCUAUUUUCGAUUGUUAACCAACAGAUGGAGCCAGUGAAUUUCGACUUUUCCUUAAUUUGAUUUUUUGUUUCUAAGGUGAAAGUGAAUAAACUUGUUUUACUUGUU